CGGAAUAUUUGUAGGAUGGGUUUCAUCUUCGGUUUUCUGCCAACCGAGCAUUAUUUGCGCGACAUCUUAAUCAUGACAUUGUUGGCCGCAAUUGUGGCCACUCUGAUGAGCAUUCGGUUCUAUCUGCGAAUUACAUCUGGACGAUGUUUCACCGAGACUAAGAUGGAGGGCAAGACCGUUAUCAUUACUGGCGCCAACAGCGGAAUUGGCAAGGAGACGGCCAAGGAUCUGGCUGGCCGAGGAGCCCGUGUUAUCAUGGCUUGCAGGAACCUGGAGACUGCCAAUGCAGUUAAGGAUGAGAUUGUCAAGGAGACGAACAACAAUAAGAUCCUGGUUAAGAAACUGGAUCUGGGCUCCCAGAAGUCAGUGCGGGAGUUCGCCGCUGAUAUCGUGAAGACGGAGCCCAAGAUCGAUGUGCUGAUCCACAACGCCGGCAUGGCCUUGGCCUUCCGCGGUCAGACGAGUGAGGAUGGAGUGGAGCUGACCAUGGCCACCAACCACUACGGCCCCUUCUUGCUGACCCACCUGCUCAUCGAUGUGCUGAAGAAGAGCGCUCCGGCUCGCAUUGUGAUCGUGGCCUCGGAGUUGUACCGCCUGUCCUCGGUCAACUUGGCCAAGUUGAAUCCCAUUGGAACCUUCCCUGCCGCCUACUUGUACUACGUUUCGAAGUUUGCCAACAUUUACUUCGCUCGUGAGUUGGCCAAGCGGCUGGAGGGCACCAAGGUGACCGUGAACUUCCUGCACCCCGGCAUGAUCGACUCCGGGAUCUGGCGCAACGUGCCCUUCCCCCUCAACCUGCCCAUGAUGGCCAUCACGAAGGGUUUCUUCAAGACCACCAAGGCCGGAGCCCAGACCACCAUCUACUUGGCCACGUCCGACGAGGUGGCCAACGUGUCCGGCAAGUACUUCAUGGACUGCAAGGAGGCCACCCUCAAUGCCGCUGCCCUCGACGAGGAGAAGGGUCUCAAGAUCUGGGAGGAGUCCUUGAAGAUCGCCAAGAUCACACCUCAGGACCCCAAGAUCUAAAUGGUUAUCUGGGGUUAAAGGAUAGUGCACAGCGCCCAUGCGCAUUUAACUGAUUUGCUUUUCUUGUUUUUAAGGGGGAGUUUAAUGUAGCCUAAGUUUUUCAUCUCAAUAAAUAAAAAUUUAAAAUCUAA